UGGAAAAAAUAUGUCAUUUUUACCGCAGUGUCCAAUGUCAAUGGGUUCGACCGGUUUUAUGUGAAUAGGGUCAUUGUCUCAUGUCAUUGUCUUUUUAAUUAAUAUUCAAUAAUUCCAUUUAUUAAACAAGUGGUGAUAUCAACCCGAAUUUUAAAUGAAAUACUUAUGAUCAUAUCAGCUAGUUAAAAUAAAAUUCAGAAAUUGUGAUAAGUGUUUCUUCUUUAUACACAAGGUCAAUAUUUCAUCAACUAUUUUUUAAAAGUACGUAAAAAGCUUGAAAGUCGAUUAGAGUCAAAUUAAAAAUUAGCAAAAUGAUGGCAAAAGAAGGAAUUAAAGUAACUCCUGCAACAGUAGCACCUGAUCAAUUUAAAUUGGUUCCAAAAAUUAUCAAUGGAGGUAUAGCUGGUAUUAUUGGUGUAUCUGUGGUAUUUCCAUUAGAUUUAGUAAAAACAAGAUUACAAAAUCAAGUGGUUGGACCAAGUGGAGAGAAAAUGUAUCAAUCUAUGUUUGACUGCUUUAAGAAAACUUAUGCAGCUGAAGGAUAUUUUGGAAUGUACAAAGGUUCUGGAGUUAAUAUUCUUUUAAUUACACCGGAGAAGGCCAUUAAGUUGACAGCAAAUGAUAUGUUUCGGCAUUACCUAUCAACAGGACCUGGUCAGCCAUUGCCUCUUGGACGUGAGAUGCUUGCUGGAGGAUCAGCAGGAGCUUGCCAAAUAAUCAUAACCACUCCUAUGGAAUUAUUAAAAAUUCAAAUGCAAGAUGCUGGUAGAGUAGCUUCUGCAGCGAAAAGUGAAGGAAAAACUAUACCAAAAGUAUCAGCAUGGUCGUUGACCACAGAUCUCCUGAAAAAAAAAGGAAUUUUAGGACUGUAUCAAGGAACUGGUGCUACUGCUCUGAGAGAUGUAACAUUUUCUGUAAUUUAUUUUCCGCUAUUCGCUAGAUUGAAUAAUCUUGGUCCUAAACGUGAAGAUGGAUCAUCUGUAUUUUGGUGCUCUUUUUUGGCGGGAUGUACUGCUGGUUCAGUUGCAGCUUUGAUGGUUAAUCCAUUUGAUGUUGUAAAAACGAGAUUACAAGCAAUAAAUAAAGCUCCUGGUGAGCCCACUUAUAAUGGAGUAUUAGAUUGCAUAGGCAAGACAUUGAAAAAUGAAGGUCCAACAGCAUUCUUCAAAGGAGGUGCUUGCAGAAUGAUUGUGAUAGCACCUCUAUUUGGAAUAGCACAAACCGUCUACUACCUCGGUGUUGCUGAAAGAUUACUGGGUCUAAAAUAAAUACUGCCAUACUAACGCAUUUCUUUGUGAUCCUCAACGAAUUGACAAUAAUAGAUUUAAUCAGAACAAUAAUUAGUUAAGAAAGUAGAUAAAUAUUCAACAGAUUCUAUCGAAAGAGUAUUCUGUGUAUAUAUACAUUUCUUCAAAGCUUAUCCAAUACUCUUUAUGUAUAUUUUGUAUAAGUAUUGAAUCAAAUAUUUUUUUGAGAUUUUUUUUAACUAGUCAUCAUUAUUUGAUAUUUAUCUAUCUGUCAGCCAUCAUCUGGAUUUUAUAUUUCAGAGCACUUCCGUUUAAUUAUAAUCAAUUGCAAAUUGUAACAAUCUAUGAAAUUGUGAAUUGUAUUUUUUAAAAACAAAAUCAAUUAUAAUUAAAUUAUAGAAAUAAUUUACAACAGUAUAUAUCAAGUAU